AUGCACAAGAAUUUUGAAGAGAAUAGAGAUAUAGAACAAAAGUCUGAUAGCAAUGAAGACACUACCAUUGACACUGGUAUUGAUCAUACUAAUGAUAGAGAAGAUCACAAUUCCAGAAAAUCUACCAGAGUUAAAAGAGUCCCUGGAUACCUAAAUGACUACAUACACCAGGUUAAUCAUUCCUCAUCAAGUUAUCUUCAUGGAAAAAAUAGCUACAAGACUCCUUAUCCUAUUUCCAAUGUUCUGUCUUAUAACUCUUUAUCAGAAAAACACCUAAAGUACACUUUGGCAAUAUCUGUCAACAAUGAGUCUAAAUCCUAUAAUGAGGCAAAAGACAAAUGUGAAUGGAUCACAGCCAUGAAAAGAGAACUAAAAGCCUUACAGGACAAUGACACUUGGUGCUUAACUCAACUUCCUCUUGGAAAAAAUUUCAUUGGUUGCAAAUGGGUGUACAAGAUCAAGCACAAAGCUGAUGGCAUCAUAGAAAGGUACAAAGCUUGUUUAGUUGCUAAAGGUUAUAUACAACAAGAAGGUAUAGACUUUUUGGACAAUUUUUCCCCUGUGGCUAAACUAACCAAUGUUAGAAUCCUUCUUGCUAUUGCUGCCUCAAGAAAUUGGCAUCUACAUCAACUGGAUGUUGAUAACGCCUUUCUGCAUGGAGACCUAAAUGAAGAGAAAACAUCCACAAAUUUUACUGCUCUCCUUGUGUAUGUAGAUGAUAUUAUUUUGGCAGGAGAUUCUAUCACCGAAAUAGAACACAUUAAAUGUCUUCUUCAUCAUUCCUUUCGUAUCAAAAACCUAGGGAAGUUGAUAUACUUUUUAGGCUUUGAAGUAGCCAGAUCUAAGAGGGGGAUACGCCUAUGCCAGAGGAAAUAUGCACUGGACAUUCUUGAAGAGACAGGAAUGCUAGGAUGCAAGCCCUACACUACCUCAUUUCUAAGUGACACCAACUCCUUGUAUAAGACAGAGAAUUACUUGGCCAAUCCCAGCUCCUAUCGUAGACUUAUAAGGAAGUUUCUUUAUCUCACUAAUACUAGACCUGAUCUAUGUUUUUCUGUUAAUCUUCUCAGUCAAUUUGUUCAAGCUCCUACUGAUUAUCACUACCGGGCUUUGCAUCAUAUGCUAAGAUACGUAAAAUUCAGCCUUUCACAAGGCCUUUUCUUUGCUGCUGAUUCCCAUAUCCAAAUAAAGGCUUUUAGUGACUCAGACUGGGCAACUUGUCCUAACACAAGAAGAUCCACUACUGGAUUUUCUAUCUUCCUCGGAUCCUCUCUUAUAUCAUGGAAGACUAAGAAGCAUAAUAUUGUGUCCAUGUCUUCUAUUGAAGCAUAA